AUGAAGAUUUGUGAAGAGUUUAUAAAAUCAAAUGACUUGGUAUCAUUGUUUGAGUGGUUGGACGAGAGUGAGUUGAACUGUGAUAAGCUUUGGGAAUUGCUUAGUCAAAAUUAUUACAGUAAAUUCUUAUGUGAGAAUGUUUAUUUUUUGUAUUUCGGAAGACUGAAGAGGAGUUUGACGGUGUUCCAAGAUGCGGAUUUGAACGAGGUGGCGACAACCCUGGGGUCAAUGUCAAUUUACUCUGACGGAAUUUCAAGUGGAAUUGAGGACGAGUAUUUGCAAGUUGAAGGGUACAAAAGGCCAGAGAAUUUUAUAGAAAUUUACAGAGAAGCCUGUGAAAGUGUUGACGAGGAUUUGGCCUUUGGGUCAAUAAUGCAGAUAUUGUCCCACACCGGUCAGGAUUUUUACAACUUAUUGAGUAUACUCUCUGGAGUUAUUAAGAGAACAGAAAAGGGUACUUCCUCACUGAUUACAAGUAGUCUGGUGUCCAUAUUAUCUUAUAUUAAGCCCAGAAAGGGUAUUAGGCUAGGGCCUAUGGUUGAAUUUUUGGAGUCUGUUUGGGACACUAAGGAUGAGCAAGAUAAGCAUGGAGUCGCCUCCUCCUCUUUAAUUUCCUUUUCAACAAAUAUAAUUUCCCAGCUUUAUACCUCAAACCUUCUUCAAUUGGACGGUAAUUCUGGGCCAUUGUGCCUGGCAAAUCUGGUCUGUAAGUAUAAUAAUAAUAUUUACCAGUGGGUUUGUUCUAUAUCAACAAUGCAGUCUGAGCCAGUUUCUGGUCCUCUGGAUACAGUUCCAUUUAAUGAAGCAAUUUGUAUUUUUGUACUAUUAUCAGAUAAAAGGAGUAAUGUCCCCAGGGUUUAUUCCCUGAAAACAAUGGCGUUGAUGGGUUUAAAGAUUUCAAAUGUUUUUCUAGUAAAUCAGCAUAAAUUAACCAUUGACUCGGCUAACUUAGGGCUUAAUUACUUGGAAAAGGAGUUUAGGUGCAGUGAUUCAGAGCCGAUAAGUGAUUUUAACACAUUUCCGUGGCAUCCUAUAGGAUACUUGGCGGAGUUACUAGAUUCAGAAAAUGACGAAUGGGACGAAAAAGAAUCAACCAAGAUUCUAAAACGCUCCCUGUCACUCUGCUCCCAAAGUGUCAAGCUACACAUCCUCAAGGGCGUUGUCAAGCUAUUAAAAUCUGAAGAUGGAAUAACUAUAACACUCAUGGAAUGUAAAAAUACAGCAUCUAUCAUAAAUAAAAAUGAUGAAAGUGAGGAAAGUCCCAAUAGGAAUGUGGAUAGUCCUAUUAGAAGUGUGGAAACUCCUAAUAGAAAUGUGGAAUCUUAUGUUAACGGAGAUAGGAAAAUUUUUGAAUUGGAAGAAUAUUUUAAUUUUGUCAAGAGCGUGUUGGAUUCUUAUUUUUCUACUGAUUUGGUCAAGAAUUUUGGCGAUUCAACGCUGGAUUCCUUGUCAAUAGUGUUGAACUGGAUUAAAUUUUUAUUACUGACAAAGAGGAGCCGGUAUUUUAAAAAAAAUAUCAAGAAUUGUUUUUCUCUAAAAUUAAAUGAAUUGUGCGAUAAAUUGGACGAAGGAUUUGAAUCUAGAACUGAAUCUUCCCAUAACCUACACAUCUCACUCGUACCAAUAAAUAAACUGAAUUUAAUAAAGAUGUUGUUUACAGAUGUGCUGGAUUUGCUAAAAUAGAAUUUUUCAUUAAUUUUUAGUAUAUUUA